AUGCGAAGUCUUUCAUUGACUGAAGCGUCUGAGAGUCCCGUUGAUUAUACUCGCGAAAAUACUCCUCGAAUACCGGGACAGUCAUUAUCGCCUGCUGAUGUCAAAGCAAUGAUAGAGGAGCAUACAAGGCCAUUACAUGAUAUAAUUUUCGAAAAUCGAACCGAUCUAUACAGAAUGAAAACAGAAUUGAGAGAAUCGCAGAGUAGUAGAAAGCGAAUGGAAGAAAAAAUAUCGUACCUUGAAAAUUGGAAGAAAACUCAAAUGGUGACGAUGCUUGAAAUGAAAAGACAAACAGACGAUAUUGUGGUUGAUCUCGCUCAGAUUCAAGUCCAACUAAAUGCAAAAAUAAAAGAAAACGAUGAACAAAUUGGUGGAUUAAAAAUCAAAGUCAAAGACUAUGAACAAGAGAUCGCAAGCUGUAGGAAGGAGAUCGAACGACAAAAGCUUCUUCUGAAAAGAGUAACAUAA